CGGGGCUCGAAGUGACGCAAAUUUUGGGGCGCGAUAAUCAAAAUGGAUUUUCCAAAAUUGUUGCGAAAAAUGUGGCCUUCAUAUAUAAGGAAAGCCGUUCGAUUGGAUAUUCAUCAGUUCAAGCUAAGUUGUAGAUCGAAGCAGAAGCAAUUCCAGCUCUUCAAAAUUUAACCUUGAAAUCAACAUUCUACUCAAAAUGUUCAAAAUUGUGAUCCUGCUCGCUGUGGUUUCGGCCAUUGCUGCCAUCCCAAUGCCUUCGGUUCCAGCGCCACUUCCGGUGUUGAUGCGACAAGUCCGGGCAGCUGAGAUGCCAACGGAACCCAAAGAAGUACAAUCUGCGGGGGGAGCUGCUGAAUCUGCUGACGACAUGGAGAAGGCGGAAACGUUCGGAUUUGGAUUCCACAAGCACAUCUACGUGAGCCCAUCGUACGGAUAUGGUGGAUACUAUCCUUACAGCUAUGGAUACGGAUAUCCCAGCUACGGAUACGGUGGUUAUGGAUACCCCUACUACUACUAGAAGGGUGCAAUGAAUUCAAAAUACUUCGUCUCUGUCGCAAAAAAAUGGUGCAAUAAUUUAUUUAAUUUGAGUAAAUUUAAUUUAUUUUAAAA